GAUAUGAAAUUAUCUAUUUCUGAUUGGGAUGUUAUCAGGACAGUCUCUGAAAGUUGUUUGUAUAGAACAGUGCGUUGUUUUUGGUGCAUUUAAAAUGUUUACGUUAGACGUGGAUGUUAACAAUUUAACUUAUAUAUAAAUAACUAACUUUGCGGAAAUGGUUCUACUUUAUGUUGACUAUUUUGAGAAGGUGAAUAAAAAGAAGUGACGAUGUUUGAGGGCGCAGUGGCAGGUAUCUUGAACCGCCUGCUCGGCAAAUACGUGCAGGACUUAGAUACUGAGAACCUGAACGUUGGCAUCUUCUCCGGGAAUGUCAACCUCACAGACCUCAAGCUUAAACCUGAAGCACUGUAUGAAUUAGACCUACCAAUUGAUGUGAAAAUUGGCACCAUCGGCCGUAUAAGCCUGCAAAUACCAUGGUCGGGGUUAUACACCAAUCCUGUGGUGGUGAAUAUUGAGGAUGUGUUGCUGCUGGUCGGACCUGCCAUCUCCAACAGUUACUUCGAUCCUGAAAGAGAGAGAAGACUCACUAGAGCCGCAAAGAGAAAGAUUUUACAAGACUUGGAAGCGGAAAGUGAGAUAUUAAAAGGACCUCAGAAUUUCUUCGAGAAUCUCUUUACAGCGAUUGUAAAUAAUAUUCAGAUUUAUGUGAGAAAUGUCCACGUGAGGUAUGAGGACUCUAUCAGCUCGAAGGAUGGUCCUCUGGCAUGUGGUCUUUGUCUGCAGAGUCUCUCUAUAGAAACGACUAACAGUAAAUGGAAGCCAUCAGUGACCCCAGUAAACGCAUCCACCGUGUACCAGCUGGUACGCUUGGAGUCACUCUCGCUGUACUGGAAUCCGGCGGCCACUGCGCUGGAUGACGCUGAGACAGCACACAUCACUCCUAUGCAGUAUUACAACUGGAAACACUAUAUGCUGACUGGUCUCAAUAAGUUCUCUAUGCAUCAUGAGGAUUUCGAGUUUUUACUAAAGCCAGUGACGUGCAAGGUGAAAGUGCUAAUAAACCGGUCCGGAGAAGCCAGGACUCCUCGGCUGCUACUGGACGCCGUGCUGGCGGACAGCGCGCUGCAGCUGUCGCGGCGGCAAUACCUCUCAAUCGAUAACCUUCUGUCUUCCUUCCGACGCAUCAAAUUAAAUAGGAAAUACCGUCACCUCCAUCCCGGGGUGCCAUUAUCAAAGGACGUCAAGAAGUGGUGGCGCUACGCAUACAACGUGGUAGUCGAACAACGUGUCAGACCGUACACAUGGGCAGCUAUAAAGAAGCACAAGGAAAACUAUACUGUAUACAAACAGACCUACAAGAGCACUCUCCGAAGCCCUAACGAUAUAGAACUGAAAUUGGAUUUGCAGAAGUGCGAAGAUAACCUGCCUAUCAUAUCUGUGGUCAUUGCAAGGGAACAGGCUAAGUUUGAGUUACUGUCACAAGAACCAGAUCGUAUAGAAGUGGUAGAAAGUGAAUUCGACUGGUGGAAGCCGACAAGUUCUGACGCGGAGAGUGAUUCGGAAGCAGAAAGCAAAGCGCACGUUGAACUCUGUGUAAAGACCGAGAGAAGUCGUAGUCUGUGGAGUCAUCUUUCCAGUCCCGAGAAGAAGAGGGUCUGCGAACUUAUAGGUUAUGUUGAAGGUGUACCGAAGCAGGAUAAAUCUAAGCAGUAUAUUGAACACAAGUUAAACUUGACUUUGGCAAACUGUUCCUUAACGUUGAUGAAUAGAAGCAAAGAGGUGCUGGUAGUGACCCUCACGCAGUUUCUCGCCUCACUGGAGACCCGACCCUCGGCAAAGGCGUACAAGUUGUCAGCGCGUGCUGAGAGCAUGGUGAUAGAGGGCGCCACCUCAGACGGCGACCUGGUUCCGUUGCUGACCACGGAGAAGGCGGCCGCGCUGACCGGUUCCAACCUCCUGGCGGUGGACUUCGAGCGGAACCCUUGCAAUAGCGAGGCUGACUAUGGUCUUUGCUGGCUGAUGGAGCCGGUGGAACUGCUUUAUGUUGAACAUUCGUUUACAGAGCUGAUCAACUUCUUUCAAACGCACUCGAUGACGCCAGAAGACCUGGCGGAAGAGCUCUCAGUAGCAGUAGACAAGGCUAGUGGUGUGGGUCGCUCGGUGCUGGCGUAUGCAGUCAGCCGCCGCAAGGUCUUCCAGGUCAACGUUGACCUGAAGGGACCCUGUGUUGUGGUCCCUGAACAUGGUUGUGUCCAUAAGUCUGGUCGCGUGAUGAUAAUAGACGUGAGCCGUGUAGUGGUGCGCUCCGAUCUGCAACCCGCAGACCUGGCGCUGGAGGACGCCACCUGCAUGGAGCUGGAGGAGAAACUGUACGACCGCCUGCAUGCGGAGUGCUCAUAUCAAAUCUUAUUCUGCGAGUGGACGGAGCCGUGGCGCGAGUCUCGCAAGUACGGGGACUCCGAGCUGCAUCUCGUGCCCAAGGUUAAAGCUCAGCUCGUGUUCUCCAGCAGCAUUAAAAAGGACUAUAAGCUAUUGCCGAGAUACAAACUGAACAUUUCUCUUUCGAGUUUAAAACUGAACUUGUCAGAUCGCGUCAUCGGCCAUUUGUUGGACUUCUGUGAUAACCUUCCUAUACCCGUGCCUAACACUGUGCCGGUAUCUUUCAUGGACUCCGGGGACUAUGUCGAGGAGUUGGAGGACCCUGAGCUGGCGGAGGCUUUGGAGUUAGACCGCGUAUCUGCAGAUCCUGGGUACAACGAGCUCGUUAAGUUGAGGCAGAAGAUUGUCGCCGCUUAUCUCAGUAGAAAUAGGGCGGCAGAAACGAAGCACGACCACGUGAAGGUGCAAGCGACACCGCCACUAGAGACCGGGAUCAGCGAGCUGAGCGACGACGAAGUGGAGGAGUACGCGCGCUCCGUCGAUCUGCCCGGCUUCGACGACAACGUCUCGCCUAGCAACACAAUUGGCACUCUCAUGCGCUUCGUCAUCGGAGAAAUAGUGAUAAACUUGAGCCGAUCAAGCGAGCAGGUGGAGCGACCGUACAUCAUGCUGAGUGUGACAAAGGUGUGCCUGGACGUAGCGCUGAUGGAGUACGGUCCGGCGAUCCAACUUUCUGUGGAUCAGGCUCUAUUGACUGACAAGCAACAUCACAGCAACACCGGGCAAUAUCUUGAACUGUUAACAAGUUCUGGAGACUUGUUCAAUCUACUGUAUAGAAAGGUUCGAGCCAACUGUCCGGAGUUCCGGUCGCACUUUCACAGCGUGGAGCAGGCGCUGGUGGCGGAUGCAGGGCCGGUGACACUGCUGCUGCACGCCACGGCACUGCGCACACUCUGCAAGUACCUCACCUACCAACACGACAAGAUACAAAGUAGACAUGCUUUGAAUUGGAAGAAGACUGUGCUGCCGAAGACUGAGACUUUGUUUGAUUACCUGAUGAAGCCAGAAGCGGACCCGCCUGUUCCACCAGGAGCCACCAAGUUCAGCUAUUCUGUCAGGGCGGUGUCGGUGAACGUGAGGCUGUGGCAGGCAGACAGCGCGCUGGUGGAGGUGCGGUUGGCGGCACUCGAAAGCGACUGCGUCUUCCGCGCCAACGACCGCAUCAUUUUCAAACUCUACCUGGGCUCUCUGCACAUCGACGACUUGUCUGACAAUACUCUAUAUCCAAAACUGGUGUGGCCCGACGAGGACAAGGUGCUGGAGGUGAAGUACGUGCGCGCCGCGACGCGGCUGCGUGCACACGCGCAUGCCGAGCUACGCGUGUACCUGGGUCGCUUGCAUGUCGUUCUGCUGUGCGCGCUGCUACACCAGCUACAGCAAUUUGCGGAGCCGCUGGUGGCUGGGUCUGCGGCGGCUGAGGCGGCUGCGGCAGCAGAGCGGGAAGCGCGGCGCCGGGCGGAGCGUCUGCGAAACUGCGCAUCUAGACUCAGCCUCGCCAUAGAACUCCAUGCUCCAGUGCUGCUGCUUCCGCAAAAAGCGUCAUCGCCCGACUUGUUGGUUUUAAAUAUGGGUGAUUUACUGAUAGAGAACUUCUUCAAGCCACUGAACGUGAGCCAGGAGGCGAGCAGUCCAGUGGUCAAUCCUCUUAUUGACAACGUACUGGUAAAGCUGGAGAAUGUCACGCUGUCUCGCGCCGUCAUGACCCUGGCUGGCACGCUAGAGGUUCAGGAGCCGAUAGUAGAGCAGAUAUCGGUGCGGUGCGAUGUGAAGCGCGCGGUAGGGUACCGGCAGGCGGCGGGCGCGCACCGUGAACUGCUGCUCUGCGCCGCCGACGUGGUCAUGGACAGUGCUGUAGUCAACCUCGGCCAGAACGACCUGGCUACCGUGCUCGCCGUAUGGACAGGCAACCUCAGCGAGGCGCACUACAUCGGUGCCGUAGUGCCGGGCUCCCCGGUGGAGACGGCACCCUCCGACGUUGCUGUCAAGAAGCUGCAGGCGUUCCUUGCGCAGAGCGACCCUAUUCGAAAGGAGGUCACCGUCAGGUUCACCUUGGAAGGCAUCGAAGUGAAGCUAUUCUCUGACAUGGAUGAGGUGAUGAGCUCGCCGGUGCGCGACGCGAGCCGCGGGCUGGCGCGGCUGACGGCGGGCGAGGUGACGCUGGCACUCGACUGCUUCUCCGACGGCAGCGCCGAACUGCGCGCCGGCCUGCAGAGCUUGCUACUCGAGGACAUACGACCAGACAACAAUGUUGUUAUACGGCGGAUAUUCCAGUCGCAGGGCGGUGGAUCUCGCGCGUCCGCGGGCAUCUCGGUGCUGCGUCCCCCGCUGCUAGAUGCCAGCGUACGCUGGUCCUCGCGCGCCGCCACUUGUGACGUGCGCGUCGACCGCACCCGGUUCAACCUCGCUCUGCCCUUCCUGCUGCAGUUAACCAAGACCUUGCUCGACGCCAUGCCUGGAGAAAAGACAAUGGAAGGAGGUCUGGUGAACCACGGAUACGUGGGCGACACGGAUGGCGCACGUCCCGGCAACAACAACUGCGCCGCGCGCUAUCCCAGCUGCAGCGACUCCACCAGUGGAUACUAUUCUACUUCGGCAGGAGUAUCGGAGGACAACCCGAGUCUGUCAAUAUCGAUCCAGUGCCGGCAGCCGGAAGUAAUGUUCUUCACGGAGCUGACGCAGAGCGAGGGCCACGCGCUUUUGCUUCGAACGGAAUUGUUGCUUGACUACUCCCGACACUCCAACACCGAGAGCCUAGUCGUGUCGCUAGCUGGCUUGCAGAUAAUGUCAAAGCUACAAUCAAAACUUAAAAAUUUACCGCCCCAAUUAGUUUUGAAGCCUUGCGACGUAGAGUUCUCAAAAUCAUUCAAGAAUAUUGAGGAGGGAAUCAAAGUUCGUCUAUCUGUGUCGGAAAUAGAACUGCACGUGGCAGCGACAACUGUGCACACAAUUAUGGAUAUUGUAGAAGAAGUGACAAACGAAUUGACGAUACCGGAAGAGAAGGAACCAUUCAAUUUUACGUCAUAUCCGAGGUCAGAAAAAUCUGAUGAAGAUCUGUGGGCGCCGAAGAAGAUCAGCAACCCGCCAACUGCACAGUACAGCUUGGAGAACAGUUACGCACAGCCGAAGUACCCUAGUAUUACGCCAACUGAGACCUUCGAGAUUAUGGUACCUAGUGUCAAAAUCUUGUUCGAAAUUGAGCAGACUGUCAGGAUUCCUGUGUUGGUAGUCAAGAUGUCCUGUGAGGUGUCGCUGCACGACUGGUCCCGGCAAUUGCACGGCAGCGGGUCGCUGAGCCUGCAAGCGGACUGCCACAAUGAGCGGCUACGCGUCUGGGAACCAUUGCUCGAACCCACCGUAGAAGACAAUCGACAGAAGCCGUGGGAGCUUACCGCGACCGUGUUUCAGGCAAAAGCGUACCCAAUGUCUUCCCGUCUAGACACCAACGUGACGCAAGUGGAAACAGAAUCAGACCAGACUACUACCCAGUCAGUCAAGAAGAAGAAGCGCAGCGGGUUCGAGUCUGAGACGUCUGCAGACGAGGCUGACACUGACAACGAGAUGACGUAUAUCAGGAACCCGAGCGGCAAAGAGAAUAAGGGCUACAGGUACAGCGCCGCGAGCAUGACCUUCCUGAGAGCUCUGGAUAUAGAGGAGUCGGAUUCAGAAAAUGAAAUUGGAUCCAAAGAUAGAAUGUCCACAGCUGUUGGACAUUUGUUCACUGAUGAUUCAAGUGGAGAUGAAAUUAGCAAUGACGACUCAUCAGCACCAGAGCAAAGUGAAGGCGAUGUGCUGAGUGAAAAAGAAGAGGACGAAGCCAAACACGAAACUUACAUCGAUGGGGAAGAAAAGUUAAAAAAAGAUCCAGAACAAAAGAAUGUUACGUUACAAGAGCCGAGCCGCGAAAGCAGCGUGGACUCCGGUCUGGAACUGGAGGGUCGGCUGUGUACUUACGUGACGCUGGAGUCCCGCGCCUCACUCGAUGUGACCUUGUCCCCGGCCGCAUUGCGCACGCUGCACGCUCUCACCACAGCACUGCACGACAGAACUGCAGUAGUCACGGCCAUAGUCGCCGCGGAAAACGGAUUACAGCUCAUCAAUGAUAUUGGUCCCGGCUCUACGGUGUACUUAAAGACUCGUGCAGAAACAGACUUGGCAGGGAAUGACCGCGUUCUCGCUAUCGCAGACUACGACGUCGACACCAGCCGCCCCAGCACACCGGGCUGCGAUACAUCGGGAGCGGACCUUUUGGAUGAGACGAUAAGCAAGCAGGAGACAGAUGUUGGCGACGAAUGGGAUUGCUUCGAGGGUGGUUUUGGCGAGGCAGAGGGCGCGACAAGCACUGGAGCUGCGGGAGGCUCGUUACACACAUCGCCAUCUGCGCCCCCUGCUGCUGCUGACCUGCAGCGUCGCCUCACAGACCUCACACUGUCCAUACGCUUACACGAUAUGGACCCCCUUAACAUCCUGUGUCCCCAACGGUCGGUGUCCAAACUGCACGUGCUGCACCCCAGUCGGCAUGGCACGCGUUACUAUGUGCUUGUCGAGAGGACUACGCACUACAACGCCAAAAAAAUCGUCGUUCGCUCGCCCAUGCAGGUCCGCAACGAGACGUCGUACACUUUGGAGGUGCUGUACCGUCAGUCUGAACUGGAGGCUGCCGGUGUGGAGGCAGUUGGCGCGGUGCGCAACCCCUUCAGGGGCCUGCUGCGCCUCGCCAUGCUCGCCCCCCACGACACCUAUAACGUACCGCUCUACAUCGCCUACCACUGCAAACUCUACCUGCUGCCUACCAACUUCGAAACUUACCAGGCAUCAAGUCAAGGCAUCUGGUGGAUGGAGCUGGUGAAGGACUUGGGCACGCCGAAGGAUAUCCUCUGCCCCGCCAAGACCGACAACGACCCGAGUAUAUUCGCAAUGAAGAUUGUACCUGUUGAAGGUUGCCAGUCUCAGAAGAUCUCUCGCGCCAUCCCUAACAUGCUGGUGCGCGUUGUGCCGCCCCUAGGCGUGCACAAUUGCCUGCCGCACGCGCUGCAGCUGGCGGGGGCGGGAGCCGAUGGCCUGAAGCUGCGCAUUGAGCCCGGGGAACGUGCUCACGUCUACACUCUAGACUUGUCCAAGUCCCAUCGCCUUACCCUCGAUAUUCAUUACCUUGGAUUACCCUGGACUGGGAGCUUCACAUUAUCACCAGACAUGACUGAGAAGACGGUGCAGAUGACGACGGAGUGUGAGACGGAGGGCGGCAACAAGCAGCUGGGUGUUAGCGCACGGCUGGUUCGCGGCCCCGCCUGGCGCCUGCAGCUCUAUGCUCACUGCUGGCUUAUCAACAAGACCGGCCUACCGCUGCAGAUCAAGGGUGGUCGUGGUGAGGCGGCCCAGGAGGUGUACGAGGAGGCGGUGUUGUGGGCGGGGCGCGGAGAGCGGCUACGAGUACGCGCUCACCAGUCGGGUUGGUCGCGUCCAGCGCGCGCGAGACCCCACGCACCCGGAUUACUCGUCUGCACGCACACCGAGCGACGAAUACACUACCGAAUGCUGUUACACGUAACUCUUUCGGAACUUUGUCCUCAACUAACGAAAAUCGUGACCAUCCUACCAUAUUUCCUUGUGUACAACGAUACGAAGAAACAUUUGCGUUUCAUGGAGGAGAAUGAAGCGGCGGACUUGUGGAUAGACCUGGCACCGCAGCAAUGCACGCCAUUCUGGCCGCAGACCGAUUCUAUGUCGAUGCACUGCAAGUACAGGGACUCUAACGUCGUGUCUCAACAUUUCCCAAUCACAAAGAAUCAUUUCACCGUUCUCAGAAUGGAUAAAGGGUCUGCAAUAUGCGUGGACGUGACCGGAGGGACAGACCGUCCGUUCAUUAUCACGUUCAAAUCGUACAUUGCUGGCGACGCGCCGGUCCGCAUUGAAAACCUGUGCGAGGACCUGUUCCUCAAGCUGCACCAGGCGGAGUGCGGCCAGGUGGCGUUGCUGAGCCCACACCAAGCCAUGCUCUACACCUGGGAUGACCCCGCCAAGGAAAGGAAACUCAUGUGGAAUAUCUACAAUAACAAAGGAAAAGGAUUCCUUGCUGACUUCUCUCAGGAUGGAUACGGCGAGGAAAAAGUGAGUUUCCAGUCGGUGAAGCAUUCCACUCUGGUAGCAACCAGUAGUGUGACGUCUAAGCUGUCCUCCACACUCAAACGUCUCACCCCCAAGUCCCCCGAACCCUGCUCCUCCAGCAGCGACGACUCCGAGAGCUUUGAGCUGCCUGAGAAUCUCGCAAAAACUAAGAAGAUGAGGAAAGACAAGGUCAUAGUCUACUGGGUGUCUUUCAUGAACGGCUAUCAGAGAGUUUUCGCAUUAGCUCAGGACGAGAGAAUAGCACAGCAAUAUCGGAUGAUGAUUGAUUCAGAACGAAGUAACUACGAAGUAUAUCUAUCUCUGUCUAGUAUGAGCUUAUCAGUGUGCGUCCAAACCGGAGUCGGUGUAAAGGAGCUGGCUUAUAUAAGCGUUGCGGAUUCUCUUCCGCGCUGGGAAGUGAAUGUUAGCAACAAAUGGAAGCAACUAGCACCCGAUCUCACCGCGUGGAUUGAAGAUAAAUACCAAACAGAACAGAAAAAGUGUAAUCUCAGAGACUACAUUCAUAUAGACCUGGAGAAAAUGCAAAUGACAAAGCCGUUCUUCUCCGAAUUACGGAGGACAUACAAUCCCGCCGUAUGGUUGCAACUUCGCAAAUCUGAUACAUACUCAUAUUGUCACCUAAAAUUACAGAGAUUCCAAAUUGAUAAUCAAUUGUACGAAGCUGUGUUCCCCUGCGUACUGUACCCAGCUCCUUUACCUGCACAUUUAAAAUCCAAGGAUGUUAAACCGUGCAUUGAGAUUGUUGCUUUGAAACAGUACCUUCCCAAUUUAAAUCAAGAUAUCUAUAAAUACGUGAAAGUAUUAGUCCAAGAGUUUUGCGUAAACUUGGACAGGGGAUUCGUUAAUUAUAUUUUCGAUAUCUUAAACCACUGGAAGGUGGAGGAGAAGCCAGCCGUGAGACUGCGAGCUGACUUGGCAUUGAUCCACAUGCCGCUGACAAUACUGGCCAUCAAGAGCCAGACGAGUGCACAAAAGAAUGUGUUUUUCGAGUAUGUGCAUCUGUCGCCCCUAAAGCUGGUGCUGAGCCUGUCUUCUCGCGGUUACACGGACACCGCCGACAGUCCUAGUCGGUCGCAUUACGCCAUUCACAAGGAGAACCGACCCAAGUUGUUCAACAGUGAUUUGCUGGAGUAUCUGUUUAAUUCUUGGGGUUCGUCGCUUUGCGAUAUGAAGGAUGUGGUAAUCAAGAUGUCCUACAUGGAGCUGCGGCAGGCGCCGGUGCCGUGGGCGGGGCUGUUGGAGGCAGCGUCACGACACUACUGGCUGCAACUUGUGCAGCAGUUCUACGUGCUGGUGCUCGGCCUCGACGUACUGGGCAACCCCUACAGCUACAUCGGCGACUUCUCAAGGACACUCAAGCAGUAUUAUGAACCAUGUCUGGGUGGUACGUGCGCGCGGCGUCUUUCGCGCGGGUCCCGCGAUGGCGCGGCGCGGCUGGCGUGCUGCCUGGCUGACAGCAGCGCCGCGUUGGUGGAGACCACGCCACGAGUCCGGCCGCAACGAAAAAGACCUGGCGAGGAGGGGUCAGUCGUGGAUAACGUGCCAGCGGCGGUGCUGGAGGGCAGCCGGAGAAGCGCGUGCGGCGUCGCGCUCGCCCUCACCGGCCUUAUCGCCAGGCCUACUCUCGAUGAGGACUGUGCUAUUGUAAAACACGUGUGCCGGGAGGCGACACGCGCGGCGCAGUGCCCGCAGCUGGGCUGGCGCGGCGCCGAGGCGGGACUGCGUGCGGCCGCCGAGCGUGUCUCUCGCCUGCCCGCGCGCCGCCGUCUGCCCCGACACUGCCCUCGCGCCGAGGGUCUGCGUGCAUACGACGCGUGCGCAGCUCGUGGUGCGGCGCUGUUGGCGCAGUUGUCGCGCGGCCACUAUGCCGCCAGCGACGGUUACAUCGGCCACGUGCACCUCGCGCGCGCCUCUCUCGCCACAUUACUGCUCACAACACAGCACAUAUUCCUGGUCCGCGGCGGGGGCGGGGGCGACGGCUGGCACAUAGAGUGGGUGGUCAAACUGGACGACCUCAUCGAGCCGCCCGUCGUUGAAGGGGACAAACUUAUACUAAACAUCAAACAGGAUGAAAUGGUGAGCUACUUUUCGACUGACGAGAAGGUGAUCGAAAUAUCAGACUCGGAAGUGCUGCAGUGGCUUCAGACGAAGAUAGAAUGCGCCCUCAUACACGCACUGGAAGACAAACGUUGUCCCGCUGAAUGAACACAAAGCAAACUAAUUUUUUAUAUUUAUUUUAAUAUUAAAUGGAUGUUCAACAUAAUCUAUGCAUGUAUUAAGACGGGAAUUUGAUUAUUAAUUUCGUAUAAAUUUAAAACAUUCAGUGAAACUGAUAUUGAAAAUGAUAACAAAAUAACAAA